CUCUUUUUUAAACACCCAAGUUGGAGAAUCAAAUCUUUAACCCGAAAGAGCAUUUUAUCCUGACUCAGGUAUCCAAGAUGGAGUACGCAGGCGAGAAAGAGAAACACCGUUACAUCUUUGUCAUCGGUGCUCCCGGAGCAGGCAAAGGAACGCUGUGCAAGCAACUUGUGAAGGAGUACAACUUUACGCACAUCUCGGUCGGCGACUUGCUUCGCAAGGCUGCCGAAGAAGAUGAGAAGAUUCGAUAUGACGUCGAGAAGGGCAAUCUUGUGCACAGGAACUGGCUCUUCCCGAUCCUUCGACAAGAGUUCAAACUCUGCCAAUAUGGACGCCCCAUCGUCAUCGAUGGAUUCCCUAGAGAGGAAGAGCAAGUCUGGCAGUUCGAGAAGGCGUUCGGCGACCCGGAGCUCGUUGUCCUCCUGAACUGUCGGCCAGAAGUAGCCAAACACCGCGUGGUCAACAGGAAAGACGGCCGACCGGGAGACACCAGCGAGGUGUUCGACAAGCGAUACAAUGAGUAUUGCGAACUGAACCCCGCAAUCGUGCGCCAUUACGGCAAAGCCCAGGGAAAGGACAAGCUCGUUGAGAUCGACAGCAGUGGAGAGACUGAAUCCUCCUGGAAGAAGUUGUUGGAGGCGCUGCAGACGAGGGAGGAAUGGCAACGGCUGGUGCAAGCCGAUGCACCGGUGCCUCCCUCACCCUCACCCUCGCCUUAGGCUCUCAGGAAUCAGUGUCUCUGGGCGGAGCAUCAUACAUAC